AUGAAUUUCAUUAAAACCAAUAAAAUUAUUGUACUAUUUUUAUUUCUUUAUUUACUAUUUAUUCAAUUGGGAGAAAGUUUUUUAUCCCGUUAUAAUCUCAAAGAUCUUAAUGUAAUAAGAAAACGUGGUUUACCUUUUGGCGCUACAAUGAUACUUGCUGAACAAUUAGAAAAGUUAAAUGAAUACAAUAAAAAAGAACGUGUAACAGAACAUUAUAGAAUCCCUUCUGAUCCUAAAUCAUAUGGAUGA